CGCAGCGGCCUCAGUGAUGCUAUCACUGCGCCCUUAAAAAAAUAAAAAGAAAACACGCACAGACCCACCCAGCCACUGACUGCUCACGGCCGUGGAUUCAGCAUGGAGGAAAUCCUGAGGAAGCUCCAAAAAGACGCGUCUGGACACAAACACAAAGCCCUGCGGGAUGCGUGCGUGUGCGCCUGCGAAACUCUGGAGUCUCAGAGAGGAUCAGCCAAAGUUUCUCCUUCGCAGCUUCGAGAGCGCUGCCUGCUGCCGCUGCAGAUGGCUCUGGAGUCCAAAAACACCAAACUGGGACAGACGGCGCUCUCUGGCAUGCAGAGGUUCCUGUGUGACGACAGGUUUGUGGGCAGUGUCGGCUCGGAGGUGGAGGUUCUGGAGAAACAGCUGCUCAGCCAGAUGUUGGAGGCCAUCAGAGUGACUCCGUCUCUGCAUGAGGACCUGCAGGUGGAGGUCAUGAAGGUCCUGCUCUGCAUCACCUACUCUCCCAACUUUGACAUCAAUGGAGACUCCAUCCUGAAGAUCGCUCAGGUGUGUAUUGAGACCUACGUGUCCAGCUGCCACCAGCGCAGCAUCAACACAGCGGUGAGGGCCACCCUCAGCCAGAUACUGGGAGACCUGACGCUGCAGCUGCGCCACAGACAGGAGGGAGCUGAAGGAGAUGAGGUGACAUCACUGCCUCUGCAGAGAAAAGACGUUUCUCCCACCAGCCAGGCUCUGUGUGAGGACGUGGUGAUGGUUCUGACUGUUUUCUGUGAGAAACUGGAGUCGGUGGACGGUGACAAUCAGCUGCUGCAGCUCCUCUUCCUGGAGUGCAUCCUGUCCAUGCUCAGCAGCUGUCCUCCCACAAUGCACUUGUCCAGAAGUUUCACAGACCUUGUGUGGAAGCAGCUGUGUCCAUCCCUGGUGGCCAUUAUGGGAAAUCCAGUUAAUGAUAAAACCAUCACAUCUCACCACAGCUACACGGGGGCGCCAGAGAGAAUCAGUCAAGGAAUCAGUCAGGAGUUGGAGUGCUCUGGCGGGGUAUCCGAUCAAGGCAGGGGGUCCGGCUGCUCCUCCAGCGCCCCCGCCAGGAUCGCGCCUGUGGUGCGGACAGUGUGCUACAUAGCAGCAGAGCUGGUUCGCCUGGUGAGCUGCGUGGAGUCGAUGAAGCCGGUGCUACAGUCCCUGUACCACAGGAUCCUUCUGUACCCACCCCCCCAGCACCGAACCGAGGCCAUCCGCAUCAUGAAAGAGAUUCUAGGCAGCCCUCAGCGCCUCUACGACCUGGCUGGGCCAUGUGUGGCAGAACCUGAAACCAGGAAGCGCUCCUUCUCAAAGAGGAAGUCCCACCUGGAUCUGCUCAAACUAGUGAUGGAUGGGAUGACCGAGGCGUGUAUAAAGGGGGGCAUCGAGGCAUGUUACGCCGCCGUUUCCUGCGCCUUCGCUCUUCUAGCUGCCUUAGAUGAACUGUCACAGGGCCGCGGCCUCCUACCUGAGCAGGCUCGGUUUCUCCUCAGACGACUUGACGACCUGAAGGACGGAUCAGAGUCCAGUCGAGAAUCCAUGGAGAUCAACGAGGCCGACUUCAGGUGGCAGAGACACAUCCUGUCCUCGGAGCAGCCUCACUGGGACCCCAGCUCUUCUUCCCCCAACAUGGCCACGGCCGGCGGCACCGAGCGCAGCCCUGACAUCAGCAUCAGCAUCACCACGGAAACGGGACAAACUACAUUGGAGGACUUGGAAAUGGGGGACCUGGGCCUGGGUCAGGGACACAACACUCCUGAGGAGGGUGGCGAGGACGCUCGUUUCCCCCACACCUACUCCUUCGGAGCCCCAGAGAGAACCCAAGUGGGUCGGGUAGGAGGGGCUGUUCAGAGGGAGGAGGGAGGCGGCGGUGCAGUGGAGGCGGAGGACAGAGGCGGUGUUGUCCCUCCUGACGUGGUGCAGAGGAGUCACGCUCUCGUCUUCCCUGAUAUCACCAACUUCCUGUCGGUGGAGUCCAGGACGAGGUCGCACCACGGAGCAGGGUCCCGGUACAGCGAGAGCAACUUCAGCAUGGAAGAGCAGGACUUGUCUCGGACUGAGUUUGACUCCUGCGAUCAGUACUCCAUGGCGGCGGAGAAAGACUCGGGGCGCUCUGACGUGUCCGACAUCGGUUCCGACAACGUGUCUCUGGUGGAUGAGGAGCAGCAGACGCCUCGGGACUGUCCGGGCCACCGCUCCCUGCGGACCGCUGCCCUGUCCCUGAAGCUGCUGCGUCACCAGGAGGCCGAUCAGCAGAGCGCCAGGCUGUUCGUCCAAUCGCUAGCUGCGCUGCUGCCCCGCCUGCUGGGCCUGGCCGGUGCCAAGGAGGUUGACCUGUCGCUGCAGAACUUCUCCUCCACCUUUUGCUCCGGACUGCAGGCCGGUGGAAUUCACUCUCCAGGCUUUGAAGCUGGCGACUCUCUGAGCUGCCAGGCUCUGAUGAACGCCGACGGCCUCUACCUAGUGUCGUACUACGCUCUGCUGCUCAACCUCAAACUCUGCUGCUGCGACUACUACAGACGGAGGGAGCUCCCCCCCGCCCUCAGCCUGAAGGAGUUUGUCCGUCUGAUCCAGAGCAGCGGAGUCCUGGUGGUUCUGUCUCAGCCCUGGAUCGAGGAGCUUCACCACCAGGUGUUAGAGCGCAACCUGCUGGCUGAUGCUGGCUACUGGGGCUCAGCAGAAGACCGCAUUUUGCCGCUGAUCACCAUGCUGACAGAUAUAGAUGGCCUGGGCAGCAGUGCGAUUGGAGGACAAAUGGUGCGGAGGCCUUCCAGCCAAUCAGCGCUGGCCUCUGAAAAGGCUGGUAUCGACACGGUGACUGCAGGUGCUGUGUUCUCCCGAUUCAUUCUCACCGGCGUGUGGAAGAACCUGAUUGACGUGCUGUCCGCUCCCCUGACGGGACGCAUGGCGGGCAGCUCCAAGGGCCUCGCCUUUAUCCUGGGGGCCGAGGGGCUCAAAGAGCAGAGCCAGCGGGAGAGAGAUGCCAUCUGUCUGAGUUUGGACGGCCUUCGAAAGGCUGCUGCGCUCAGCUGCUCCCUCGGUGUGGCGGCUAACUGUGCAUCGGCUCUAGCCCAAAUGGCUGCAGCUUCCUGUGUGCAAGAGGAGAAGGAGGACGCAGAGAUGGGAGACGCUAUAACACAAGUGAAGCAGCGUGUUGAGCAGCGUCUGGAGCAGAUGGGCCGUCCUCAGGGAGUCCGGCUCCACACGGCUCAUGUGUUGUGUAUGGAUGCCAUCCUGAACGUGGGGUUAGAGAUGGGCAGCCACAACCAUGACUGCUGGCCGCAUGUUUUCAGAGUGACGGAGUACAUCAGCUCUCUAGAGCACACCCACUUCAGCGACGGCUCCUUACAGCCAUCCACCCUUACCACCAUCACCCAGCAGAACCAGCAGCCGUCCGGCGUGGACCUGGGUCUGGAGCUGAGCUGUGAGCCCAGCCCGGAGGCUACAGAGCUGAGUCUGAGCCAGCCGGUCAUCCAGCCGCUGUCCAUCCAGGAGCUGCUGAAAGAGAGCAGCAGAGGAGGGCGGGGCCUGGACCUGAGGAGCGGCAGCCUGUUGACCGGGAUCGGCGCUGCCAAGGCUGUCUGCAUUCUGUCCACUCAGGCUGACAGGUUGUUUGAAGAAGCAGCUACCAAGCUGAACCUGGUUGGUCUGGUUGGUUUUCUGCAGCAGCUCAGGAAAGCUUCUCAGUCUCAGCUCUUCAACUCGGUUACAGAGACUGGAGAUUAUUCCCUGGCAAUGCCAGGAGAAGCCAAAUCCACGCUGGAGCGUCGCAGCGCUCUGCAUCUUUUCCGCCUAGGAGAAGCUAUGCUUAGGGUCGUCAGGAACAAGAACCGGCCACUGCUGCACAUGAUGAGGGCCUGGAGCGUGGUGGCGCCCCAUCUGGUGGAGGCGGCUUGCCACAAGGAGCGCCACGUCUCCCAGAAGGCUGUGUCCUUCAUCCAUGACGUUCUGACCGAGGUGCUGACGAGCUGGGCGGAGCUUCCACACUUCCACUUCAAUGAGGCGCUCUUCAGACCGUUUGAGCACAUCAUGCAGCUUGAGCUCUGCGACGAGGACGUGCAGGACCAGGUGGUGACAUCCAUCGGAGAGCUGGUGGAGAUGUGUUCCCCUCAGAUCCUGUCCGGGUGGAGGCCUCUGUUCAGCGCUCUGAGGACUGUUCACAGCAGCAAGGCCGACACCAAAGACUACCUGCUGGGAGAAUACUCCAUGGGCAAGUCCCAUGCUCCAGUGUUCGAUGUGUUUGAGGCUUUCAUCAACACAGACAACAUCCAGGUCUUCGCUAACGCCGCCACAGACUACAUCAUGUGCCUCAUGAAGUUUGUAAAAGGGCUGGGAGAGGUGGACUACAAAGAGAUUGGAGACUGCGUUCAUGCUUCCGGGUUCAGCUCCACCGAACUCUGCGUUCCUGCUCUUGACUACCUGCACAAAUGUUCACAGCUGCUGGCGAAGAUCUAUAAGAUGCCGUCCAAGCCGGUGUUUCUGGGAGCUCGGCUUGCCGGCCUGCCGAUGAGAUCGCAGGAGCGUUCCAUCAGCAGUGAGGACGGGAUGGACUGUGUCCUCCAGGAGUUCGAUGAUGACACAGGUUUAAUCCAGGUGUGGAUCUUACUGUUAGAGCAGCUCACAGCAGCCGUGUCCAACUGCCCCCGACAGCAUCAGCCUCCCACCCUGGAGCUGCUCUUCACCUUGCUCAGAGAGGUCACAGCUGUACCAGGCCCAGGCUUCGCCAUCUUCGCCGUCAUUCAGCUGCUCCUUCCUGUGAUGUCGCUGUGGCUGCAGCGUAGCCAUGGAGACCACUCUUACUGGGACGUGGCGGCGGCGAAUUUCAAGCACGCCAUCGGCCUGUCAUGCGAGCUGGUUGUGGAGCACGUCAACAGCUUCAUCCACUCAGACAUUGGUUACGAGUCUCUGAUCAACCUGAUGCUGAAGGAUCUGUUCAAGCUGCUGGUGGCGUGCGUGUCUGAACCUGCAGAGACCAUCUCCAGAGUGGGCUGCUCCUGCAUCAGGUACGUGUUGGUGACGGUGGGUCCGGUGUUUACGGAGGAAAUGUGGAGGCUGGCCUGCUGCGCCCUGCAGGACGCUUUUUCUGCAACAUUAGAGCCUGUAAAGAACCUUCUAGCAUGCUUUCAUAGCGGCUCGGACAGCUUCUCUGGAGACGCCUGCGAGGUGAAGGUCGCGGCUCCGUCUCACUCUCCAUCAGCCGAGGCCGAGUACUGGAGGAUCAAAGCUAUGGCUCAGCAGGUCUUCAUGUUAGACACUCAGUGCUCUCCAAAGACGCCCAACAACAAGGACGGCUUCGAGCACGCUCAGUCCUGUGUGCUCAUCAUCGAGCUGCCGGCUGACCAGCAGUCUAACGGACAUGCACAGAAGAGGAUCCCGUUUCGGACCAUCGUGGUGAGCCUCCUUUCCCACCAGGUCCUGCUCCAGAACCUCUACGACAUCCUGCUUGAGGAGUUCGUCAAGCAGCCCGAAGGCAACGAGCGGGUGACACCUGUGACCUCCGACCCCAGCAGACCCACCGCUGGCUUCCUGCGCUACAUUUCCAUGACGAAUUUAGCCAUCAUCCUGGACCUGCUGCUGGACUCUUACAGGACUUCUCGGGACUUUGACACCCGGCCGGGGCUGAAGUACCUGCUGAUGAAGGUGUCGGGUGUUUGUGGAGCAGCAAACCUUUACCGUCAGUCAGCGAUGAGCUUUAACUUGUACUUCCAGGCUCUGCUGUGCGCCACACUGAGCCAAGCGGAGACCAUGACGCCGCAGCAGGUGAAGAGGAUUCUGUAUGAAGAAGAGGAGGGCAGCUCUGACUCCUCCCACCCUGGAUCUGCUUCCUCAGAGGAUGAAGAUAUCUUUGAAGAAACAGCACAGGUGAGUCCGCCUCGCGGCCGUGAGAAGCGCCACCAGUGGCAGGCUCCCGUCCCGUCACUCAGCAUCCAGCCUGUAGGGGGAGCCGACUGGGCCUGGCUGGUUCGACGUCUCUACAAAGUUUGCAUGGAUCUUUGCAACAGUUACAUCCAGAUGCACCGGGACCUGGAGAGCACACUGGAGGAAACACCCCUGCUGAGAGGAGCAGGAGGAGGCGACCAUGUUUUCUUCCUGCCUCUGUUCCAAUCGGAGACCUCCACACCGACGUCAGCUGGGGGGUUCUCAGCCAGGGGGACGCCCUCAGAGGAGGGGAGUGUUCGGUGUCAGGGAGUAGAUCCCAGUGCAGCUUCACCUGGAGAAACGCCAACACCCAGUCCCAGAUUCAGCUUCACAGGCAGCCUGCCGCACCACUUCCAGACCGCAGCAGAAAGGAGAGACUCUGGCAUCACAGGAAGCUCCGUAGGAGGAAUUCCCAGCAGCACCGCGCCUGGUAGGAGGAAGGAAUGGUGGGAAAAUGCAGGAAACAAACUGUACACCAUCGCAACAGACAAAACCAUCAACAAACUCAUGAUGGAGUACAAACGCAGGAAGCAGCCGCAGCAGCAGGUGCAGCAAACCCACAUCAACCUGUUCAUGAAGGAGCAGAGCCGAGCGGCAACGGGAGGAGCUGCGGGAGGAGACAGGAGAGGCCCGGUGGAGCUGCAGAGACCCCAGCAGCUGGUUGACCAGCAGGGGCCCCCGCUCAGGCACUCUGUCAGUGCAGGGCCCGAAGUGCUAAGGCAGGAGAAGAGACCUCGUUCAGGAUCCACCAUCAGCUCCCACAGCAUCUCCCUGAGGGACUCCGAGGCCCAGAUACAGGCGUGGACCAACAUGGUCUUAACUGUCCUCAAUCAGGUCCUCCUGCUCUCAGACUCCACCUUCCUGGCUCUUCAGCCGGCGCUCUACCCCUGCCUCAGCCAGCUCUCCUGUCACGUGACAGAUGCACGGGUCCGGCAGUCACUGCGCGACUGGCUCGGCCGGGUCGGCAGACUCUAUGACAUCAUCAUGUGACAUCACAUCGGAACAGCGGGUGAAGACUGACUGAAUGAAGUUCUUCUACUAACUAUGAUCUAAUGCGGCGCUCAGAGACAGACUUUAGAGUGAAUGAGCAGCCGAUUAAACAAAUCAACCAAGCGUUUGAAGAUAAAUGUGCCAUUUAUGCUUUGACUCCUGAUUUAAACAUUCUUAUCUGUGGAGCCCAGUCAUACAGCCAAAAGCAGAUAUUCUGAAUUACUCUUGUUCAUCUCACAAUGAUCAGAUUCGUUCUGUUUUGGCUGAUGAAUUAUUUUUUCUCAUUCUGGUUGUGUCUGUGUUGCGUUGCAGUGCAAUUAUUUCAUAUUUAUUGGUACAUUAUGGGUUUUUUUGUGCAUCGUGCAUCCCUCUGUGUUAAGAAUGAAAUAAGACUUUUCCCACCUUUCUUGUGUCCUCAAUAGUUUUCUUUAAAGCUCCUACAGUCAACAGAAGUGUGUAUUUUAUUGCCCUUGUGCAUGUGCAUCGCGCUUUUGCUGCUCAGUUUGUAACACAAACAGAAAAAUGCUAAUUUGCUAAAAAAAAUAGUUACAUUUCCACAGGGUGCCUUUAGGGAGGGUUGAAUAAAGUGAUGCUUAUUAUCUGAUACUUUUUUCUUCUCCACAGUUAUCAGAAACUUUGAAAGAGCUAUGAUCCUGACAUAGUUUGUUUUGGAUAUAUGCUGAAGAUUCUUAGUCAUCACGGUCUUUUACUUUUUGGAGCACAAACACUUAACUUCUGGAUAAUCAAACACGUGGAUUCAAUUCAAUGAUGCCAUAAUUUCUCUUUUCUAGCUUUAGCUUUUUUUUUUUUAUCUCCUGCAGCCUCUUCUUGUUUCUCUGUAUCACUGAAUUUGGCUAUGAGAUAUUUAUUUUAACCAAAAACAUAGAACAUGUAUCUGGAUUUCUAUGGCUUCUUCCUGCUGUGAUGUUUUUAUGCAUCUUCUCUUGCUUUCAGUUUGAUCUUUGAGAAACAUGGACCUGCUGAUUGUGUUACUGCUGUCUCUGUUUGAUUCAUGAAUGUUUUACUGAUGCUUCAUCUGUAUCUGCAUAGUUGGACUCCUCUGUGUUAAUUUCAUCCAGUCUGGACACUGAAAGAGAGCUUCAGGUUUAUGCAAGCUCUUAAAAACAUGUCUGCCUUCUGUUACUGAAUCUCUUUAUUUAAAAUAGAACCAAAAUACAGCUGGACGAUCCAA